UCUGUAACUGGGAGCAAACCCACCAAUCAGCGUUCAGACUGAGAGAUCAUGUGAUGUGAAAGGGCCGCGACUUCAGAUGUCAGGAAAUCUGUCCGGAGUGGAGAAAGAGAGAAAAAUAGAAAUCAAUAACAACAACAACAAACAAUAACAAGACGUAGACGGUCCUCACAAUGUCGGGAUCAAGGGACCCAAAUUUACUCGUGCAGACGAUCGGCUCAAACAUCCAGAACAUCACCCAGCAGAAUUCUGAGAUCCAGAGGAUCGUGAACCAACUCGGGACAGAGCGAGACACAGCAGAUCUCCGACAGAGACUGCAGCAGAAACAACAGUAUGCGAAUCAGCUGGCUAAAGAAACGGAUAAAUGCCUGAAGGAAUUCAGCUCAUUACCUGUCACUCAUGAUCAGCGCCAGAGGAAAAUUCAGCGAGAACGUCUCGUCAACGAUUUCUCCAACGCGCUGUCACUUUUACAGAAAACCCAGAGACAAGCUGCACAGAAAGAGAAAGAGUUUGUGGCCAGAGUUCGGGCGAGUUCAAGAGUUUCGACUGGUUUUGCUGAUGAACCAUUCGGAGGAAACGCUUCACCUUUUGAGAGCGAGGCCCAGACACAGAGCUACGAUGAGUCGAUCACUGAGGAGGAUUUGCAUCUCAUUCAGGAGCGAGAAACGGCCAUCAGACAGCUGGAGUCGGACAUCACGGACAUCAAUGAAAUCUUUAAAGAUCUGGCCGUAAUGGUGCACGAACAAGGAGAUAUGAUCGACAGCAUAGAGGCCAAUGUAGAAAGUGCCGAGGUGCACGUUCAGUCUGCGACACAGCAGCUCGCCAGCGCCGCCAAUUACCAGCAAAAGUCCCGUAAGAAGAUGUGCAUCCUGAUUUCGAUCCUGGUCGUGUCCAUUGUGGUCAUUUCCCUCAUCAUCUGGGGUUCAGUUAAAUCAUCAUAAAACCUUAAAACGCCAAACGGAAAUCUUUUUUUUUUUUUUUCUUCAAGGUUAUACCUUUACAAGCAUGACACAACUACACACACACACACAGACACACACACACGGGUAAAUUUUCUAAGCAAUGAUUAGUCAUUUGAUGUUUGAUUUCCCAGAUCUUAAGUCAUUCAGCAUGAAUAUAAUCCGAAAUAAAUGUACUUCCUGUCUUCUCAAAUGCCAAGUGUUUUAAAAAAUAAAACUCAUUCCAUGUGAUGUAGUAACAUGCAGUGAAAGCUAGCUGGCAGCACUGGUCAUGCGAGUUCACGCUAUUUGGUGGAUAUUAACACAUUUUACAUAAAUAAAUAGAAACUUGUUUAACUGAA